CCUCCGUGGUCCUGCUCUCCGCCUCCUAGUGUCAGCCGCAGCCUGCAGAGCGGAGGAGGCCACGGUCGCGGCGCUGUUUGGCUGCUGGUUCCGCGUGGGUGGGGUCCCUCCCGCGGUGGCUGGCCCGGUCGACCCGGUCAGCCCGCGUAGACACGGUUGCCAGCUACCCGCGCCCUAUGCCCUAUCGUUGUCUAGAGCGCCCGCUGCCCGGGUUGCCAAGGCAACGGCCGAAGUCCCGCCCCUCCCUACUGGGAGAGGAGCCCGGGUUCCCCAGGCCCACCUCAAGGAGAGGUACACCGAGGAUGCUCCCCCUGGUGUGAACCUAGGGUAACUUCGCGUUGGAGGCGUAUGUCAGAAGCUGUUCGUGGUCAGAAAGAAGAGAGGAGUGCGCUCUUCCCCUGCUCAGCUCCUAGCUCUCCAUCAGCACCAGAGGGGCUGCCACUGCCCACUCACCACCUGACCUGGGAGCCUGGGGGUGGGGGCUUGGGAAACAUCCCCAAAGCGCCUUGGAGAGACUGUGGUACAGACCUCCAUGAGCCGGUCCCGGGUAGCCUUGCUGGGCCUGGGCCUGCUGCUCAUGCUGCUACUGUAUGUGGGGCUGCCAGGCCCCCCUGAGCAGACCUCCUGGCUCUGGGGAGACCCCAAUGUCACAAUCCUGGCUGGUCUCACCCCUGGCAACUCCCCCAUCUUUUACCGCGAGGUGCUCCCGCUCCACCGGGCACACAGAGUGGAGGUGGUGCUGCUCCAUGGAAAGGCCUUUAACUCCCACACGUGGGAGCAGCUGGGCACACUGCAGCUGCUGGCGCAGAGGGGCUACCGGGCCGUGGCCCUUGACCUCCCAGGUUUUGGGAACUCGGCACCUUCAAAGGAGGCAAGCACAGAGACAGGGCGGGCAGAGUUGCUGGAGCGAGUGCUGCGGGACCUGGAGGUGCAGAAUGCUGUGCUGGUGAGCCCCUCCCUGAGUGGCCGCUAUGCCCUGCCCUUCCUGAUGCGAGGCCGCCACCAGCUGCAUGGAUUCGUGCCCAUCGCACCCGCCUCCACCCAGAACUACACUCAGGAACAAUUCUGGGCCGUGAAGACCCCGACUCUCAUCCUGUAUGGGGAGCAGGACCGCAUCUUGGCUCCGGAGUCACUGCGGCAGCUCCGCCACCUGCCCAACCACUCCGUGGUGAAGCUGCGCGACGCAGGCCAUGCCUGCUACCUCCACAAGCCUCAAGACUUCCACCUUGUCCUCCUUGCCUUCCUCGACCACCUGCCUUGAGGUCGCCCAUGGCCCAGGCCCCAGGCCUGGCCUGAACUUGGAGGGGCUGGACCAGCCUCCCACCAAAGAGGCAGCCCCCGGUAUUGGAGGGCAGAGGCCGGAGGGCCAGGCCCAGUCAGGACCUCUCAUUUCAUCUCACAGGCACAAUAAAAAAAAGCAUUUUUGUCAUGC